AUGAAACCGGAAGUUAUCCUUUCAAGUCAUGUGAAAAGAAUUAAUAGUUGUCAAAAAUGAGACGUUUUUAACUCUUUUUGACCAGUUGAAUGAUUUAAUUUUAUCAAAAUGAGUGCGAGGAAUUAUAAUUCAACAGAUACUAGUCACACAGAUGCUGCUGAUGUUCCAUUAUUUGGCGAUCAACAGCCAAGAGACCGCAUGAUAAACCUGGUUGUUGGAGUCUUCACAAGCAUAGUUGUAGCUGUUACUCUUAUAAGUGCAUUCGUUUUCCCAACUUUUCCUCCCAAUGGAAUCAAUGUUUUCUUUGCUGUUGUCAUCGUCAUGAUUUGUGGAUCUCAUUUGUUAUUGAUUUUCUGGUACCGACAGGGAGAUUUAGAGCCCAAGUUUCGACGGAUGAUUAUCUACAAUGCCUUCACCAUCAUACUCUUGUGUGUUUGUGGCAAUCUGUAUUUUCAUAACAUUUUACGAAAAAAAACAUCUUGAUGAAAUUAAGGUUACUUUGUUCAUGGAGAGAGAGAGAGAGAGAGAGAGAGAGAGAGAGAGAGAGAGAGAGAGAGAGAGAGAGAGAGAGAGAGAGAGAGAGAGAGAGAGAAUAUCAUAUAGUACAUGAUGAGUUUGAGAAACUAAAAAAAACUAAGUUAACAUCAGGAAUGUUCCAAAUUUUCUCAUUUGUUUUCCAAAGGAAAGGGUGCCAUAGAUAUCUGAUAUUUUGAAUGUGAGUGAAUGUAAUGUUAUUACCAGAGUUUCUUCCAUUUAUGUUUUUGGUAUUCUCAAAUGCCUCUGAGUCCACAGACUGCAUCAAUUUUGCUUGUUACAUUGUUUUUUUUACAUUUACAUUGUCUUUAAUAGGUACAUGUAGGCUUUAUUACAGCAUGAGAUAUGUAGAAAGAAAGAAAAGUUAUUUGUGAAUUUAAAUGUGAGUAUUUUAAAAUAUCUGUAUGACUGUGAAUAAAGGAGAAUUCAAAAUUUGAA